CUCCUGUACAGUUCCAAAACACGCCACAUGCCUCCUCUGCCGCUGUCACAUUUCUACAAACUUCGCUAAAAUGAGCGCCCAAAACAACGACGGGGAUCUUUGCGUGACAUUACGGAACCUUCUCAACUCCAUCCAGUGCAUUAGAGAUAAAGUCAGAGAUGGAGAAUCAAACGAGGAUGAAGCAGAGUUUAAUCUUUCCAACUUCUGGGAAACGCUGAAUCAAGCAGUGAAAGCAGUGUCUCAAGAAGCCACCAAGCUCAGUCUGGCCUAUUCCAGACCUCCACUGCCCUCAGCACAGGAUGGAGAGAAGAUUUCAGACUCCAUUUUGAAAAGUGUCCUCGCUUUGUCCACCGUCUAUUACUGGCUUCCCAAGAGUCAAGGUGUGACUCUGAGGCGGCAGGUCAGAGACGCCACAGUGGACGUUUUAGAAGGACUCACUCAGCUCUUAGACGUCAUCAUCAGUACACCGCUGGAGAGUUUGAGCCAGGACCAGCUGACCUCUACAGGGACGGUGUGGUCGGCCUGUGAUCGCUUCGACUCCCUGCCUAAAGAUAACAAAGCAGCUCUGUUGGUGGUCAUAUCUGGAGAGGUGGGAGUCAUCAAAGAUGCUAUCGAAGAAAUUGAAGAGGCUCUGUCCGAAGCCCAGGACCCUUUUGGCGACAUCCUGGAUGACGUGAUCGAGGGGGCGGAGCCUCGGGGAAACCAGGACACGUACUGGUCGGAGCAGGACCGGCGCGUGAUCGGCCCGUGCCAGGGUCUGAUGAAGGCGUCCGCGGCGUGUCUGAGGAAGCUGACGGCGGCGGUGAGGUCGAACGCGGACGUGAACGGCGCUCAGAGCCUGGCCCAGCUCGACGACCUCGCGGACGUCUCCAAAGACAUCAGCCCGGGCGUGGAUGACCUGGCCCUGUGUCUCUAUCCUCCCAUGGACUACAACGGAGUCGAGAACAAUGCGUCUAAACUGGCUUCAAUCUUAAAGAAGGUCCUUAACAUUAUCAGGUCGAGUCACGUCUGCGGAGAGGCGGAGCUGACCUGGGUGCAGUUUUUGGACAACGCCGUGGACCACAACCUGCAGAAAGCCAGAGACCUCAUGCACCAGGACACAUAGGACUGCGAUUACAAAUAUGGACUUUAAUCUGUUCUAAAUAUGUAACAAAAAUAUAUAUAUAUCGCUUAACAAAUUGUGCUCAUGGGCUCCAAGGCUCUGUACAAAAGUGUGAUUAAAAACGCCUCUUAGUAUUUUUA